UUGGUUAAAUUCACAUUGCCCUUUUCAAGUUAUCCACGGAAACUCCCGGUGUAGUUCGUUGGAAUAGUCAACACGACAAAAAAUAAACUUCGAAAACUUAAAUAGAGGAUAUUAACAUAGCAAUGAUUACAAGGUUGCUGGCUCCUCCGAUAAAUCAUGAACACGACACACAUGUUUACGGGACACCGCUUUUUUUCUCGAUAGGGCUCAAGGGCAACGGAGAGUCGUUAUGUGAUGUUUUUCAUAACUUGGUCGACCUGUUCCUCCAGUGAACUCCCGUCUUGUCUGUCAUCGGGACUUCUGGGAGUGUGUAAACCUACUGCUGUAUCUCGCUACUUUUUCAACUUUUCCCAACUUGCUACGCCCCAACUAACCGAAACAGCCCGAGUCCCUGCGGUGUGUUGCGGCGGGCGCUCGGAGGUUAUAAAGGGGUUUAAAGCAUUCAACCCUAAGCAGGACAGGGCACCAAAGAUCGGAGGGAAGGCGAAAAGGCAGAUCUACAUUAUAACUACAUUUCAAGGAUACACGUUUUCUGUGGGACGAAGUACCGAUCGCAGUAUAUAGAGGAUUGUUCUCAAGCCGACCCAUAACAACGAUGUCGACGACUGAGAUUUACCUCCCGACCGAUGCAGGAUAUACGGAUCUUUUUUGCAAAUGUAUCGCCCUCUUCGCCGCUCCAUAGCCAUACCUGGUUAAAUGGCCUAUAACAACAUGCUGCUGGCCCCCGCCGUGGUCGUAUGGGAAUGGCUGAACGAGCACGGCCGCUGGCGGCCCUACGGCCCGGCCGUGUCCCAUCACAUCGAAGCGGCCAUACGGAACAGCGACCCCAGAGGAGGAAGCGUGGUUCUCGGCCAGGUGGACAGCCGGCUCUCGCCAUACAUCAUCGACCUCCAGUCCAUGCACCAGUUCAGACAAGACACGGGCACCAUCCGUCCGGUGAGGCGGUGUUUCUACGAGCCUGGGACCGCCCCGGCGCAGGGCGUGCAGUGGGAGUGGGAGAGCUCCACGGGGGCCUGGACCACCUAUGACAUGGAGGCGGCCAUCACCAUCCACAAGGCCCACAGCCGGCAGCAGGCCGGGCUGGACCUGGAGCCCCUCGGGCUGGCCCAGCUCAUCGACUUCAGCACCAUGACCCAGGUGAACAGGCAGAGCGGGCGGUGUCGGAGGCUGCGGCGGCGCGUGGACAUGGCCUACCCCCUGGUGUCGGGGCCCCUCCCCCGCGGAGCGCCCAGGUUUGGGGGCGGGGCCCUGUUGGGGGUGGGCGUGGCCGGCUCCAACGCCGGGAACGCCCCCUUCCCCAACGGCCCGGCCGCCGGCCCCGCGGGCCCCGCCCCCUCCUGCGACUGCCAGCAGUGCGUGCUGGUCCGGAGUGUGAAGAGCGGGGGGGUUCAGACGCUGGGCCGACGCACCAAGAGGCUCCCCGCCCCGCCCCCUCAAGCCCCGCCCCGCUCCGCCACGCUGGGCCACGCCCCCCGGCAGAGCUGCGACUGGCAGCUGCCGCACGGCCUGGCCAUCUCCCGCAACACCGCCUCGCCGCGCAAGAACGCCCAGCUCUUCGCCCAAUCGCUCGCCGCCCUCAGCGUGAGCUCCGCCCUCAGCUCGGGCUCCGCCGACAGGCCGUCCCGAUCGGCCAACCGGGACGCCCCGCACGCCGAGCGACCGGUGCCCAUCGCCACGCUGGUGACCCCGGCGACGGCCGUGACCACGCCCCCCUCCCCCGUGCCGUCUCCCUCUCCCGUGGUGAUGAAGCCCAACGGCGAUGUCAGCCUUGUCCCGUUGCCGCGGCGAUCCAGUCUAGCCGGGCUGAGCCGACCGGCGCUCCAGAGAAUCGCCCGGGCCCAGAACAGAACUCUGCUGGCUGCUGGCAUUCCGAUGGUGCCGGUAAAGAACAUCAAGCCCUCCAGUCUGAUACAGCCAGCCCUAGCAGGCAUCACCGGGACCCUGAUGAGUGCAGCAGGACUUCCUGUGUGUCUGACCCGCCCUCUGGAGGACCACCCCCUCGUCCCCAAGAACCUGCUCAGACCGGUCCCGGGGUUCACAAGCUGCUGCCGCAAGACCAGCAAGAAACAAACGCGCAAGGGCCGCAGCCCCGAGGAGGUGGUGAGGAGGUACGUGCUGAAGGUCAAGACCCCCCAGGACCAGGACUGUCCCAUCUGCAUGGACCCCCUCGCGGGGCCGGCCGGGUACGUGGGCCCCCAGACGGGGUCCUCCGCCCGGGCUGACACGGUGGUCCGGCUGGCCGAGUGUGGCCACGUCCAGCACCUCGGCUGCCUGCUGGCCCACUACAGCGCCAGCUACAGGGACGGCAGCCUUCAGUGUGCGAUCUGUAAGACGGUCUACGGGGUGAGGACCGGGAACCAGCCGGCAGGGAAGAUGCAGUUCCACGUCAUCCCCCCCUCCCUCCCUGGUUACCCCGACUGCGAAACCAUCCGCAUCGUCUACAACAUCCCAGCUGGUACCCAGGGUCCAGAGGACGUGAACCCGGGCAAGCCCUUCACAGCGCGGGGGUUCCCCAGACACUGCUACCUCCCGGACACACCGAAGGGACGACAGGUGUUGGGUCUGCUGGUGGUCGCCUGGGAGCGCAGACUCGUCUUCACUGUGGGAAGGUCCUGCACCUCGGGAGAGGAAGACACGGUGGUGUGGAACCAGGUGCACCAUAAGACAGAGUUUGGCUCCAACCUGACGGGUCACGGCUACCCCGACCCCGGACACCUGGACUCCAUGGUGGACCAGCUCAGGGCCCUCGGAGUCGGCCCCGACGACCUGCUCUGACCACGCCCACGACGACCUGCUCUGACCACGCC